AUGCCGACCGAGAUGCAGUCCUUCUACACCUCUAACCCGUCGACGCAUAUGUCGCAUGCUCCCUCGGCCAUGGACGAGCUCAUCAGUAAAUACUCGUCUACGAGCGCUCCCGCCGCAUUCCGCGCGCAACGGACUCGCAACCCCUUCCAGCGAUUCUUUGACCGCGUCCAUCUGGAGUACUACCGCUACGAGGUCACCUUUGGUCUAUACGUGAUGACUCCUAGCGAGAAACUCGUGGCUAAUACUUUCGUGAUCGUGGUCCUGUCCUUGCUGCUGUGGGCACUGCUGCUAUACUUCCCGUCGCUGCUGUACCACAAGCUCAGCCGCCUCGUAUGGCUGCUGACAGGCCACAGCAGCCAGGAGGUGGGCACUGCACUGGGUAUCCUGGAUAAUUACGGCAACCCGAUCUCACCCGCAUCUAUUGCAGAGCAUGCCACCCCUUCAUAA